AAAGGGUAGACUUUCUUUCCUCCUCGGGAUUCCAACGCUCGUUCUCUCGGACUCGAUCACGGGUUUCUCCGAUCGGAGCCAUGGAAAUCGACGGCGUAGACAAUAUCUCCGGCGGCCUUCCGGUCAUUUUGGUCACCAACGACGACGGCAUCGACGCGCCUGGCCUCCGAUCUCUGGUUCGCGUCCUCGUCUCCACCAAUCUCUACACUGUCCGCGUCUGCGCUCCUGAUUCGGAGAAAUCAGCUGUUAGUCACAGUAUAACUUGGGCAAAACCAGUCUCUGCAAAACAAGUGGAAAUUGAUGGAGCAACAGCCUUUGCGGUUUCUGGAACUCCUGCCGAUUGCACCGGUCUAGGCUUGUCAGAAUUACUCUUUCCUUCUCCUCCUGACCUGGUUCUUAGUGGUAUAAACAAGGGUAGCAACUGUGGUUAUCACAUUGUUUACUCUGGAACUGUUGCCGGUGCCCGUGAAGCCUUCUUUUACGAUGUCCCCGCUGUCUCCAUAUCAUAUGACUGGGUCCAGGGGAAGAGCGAGGUCAAAGACUUCACUCUUGCUGCCGAAGCUUGUCUGCCCAUUAUCGAUGCCAUAACCAAGGCCAUCAAGAACAAAACUCACCCUCAGAAAUGCUUCUUGAAUAUUGAUAUACCGGCAAAUGCUGCUAACCAUAAGGGAUACAAAGUGACCACACAAGGAAAAAGCAUAUUUAAGAUGGGAUGGAGCCAAGUCGCGUUUGAAGCGCAGGGAGCUAAGAUGUUGUCGACAAUGUCGAUGGAAACAGAUUCAGGUUCUGUCACGGAAACCGACACUUCCCCUCAACUGCAAGAGAGCCGUUUAUUCAAGCGAGAGCUAAGGACUGUGGUGGUUGACGAGGGGACUGAUCUUGAUUUCCUCCGAGAAGGAUACAUUACCGUGACGCCGAUCGGAGCACUCUCUCGGGUCGACAAAGACUCGGAAAACUACAUCAAAGAUUGGGUGCCGACCAUCAAAAACCAGCCAUGCCCCUCGUCCCUGUGACCUCGUCGAACCCGAGCCAUUAUUGGAGCAAAAAGAACUCCGUUUUGAUCCGAAACACACCCUUGUGUUGGAUAUUGAUUCUUCUUCUCAGCCAUUGCUUUGGUAGGAGAUCGAAGGUCUCGAUCUUGGAUAUUAUUAUUACGUAUGAAAAACAAAAUGAAAAUUAAAAAAAAAAACAAGAAAAAGGGUAAAUGAUUAUAUAUGGCUGAUGCAUCUGUUCAUAUCUGUAUUGCUUGUGGAUUGUUGAUGAACAUGCUUUCGAUUUUCGCUGGUA